AGUGAGCAAACACGAUACAAAGGUGGUGGACACGCAGAAAAUUUCGAAUUAAGCGACACAAAAAAAAAAAAUAAUAUAAAAAACAAAAAGACAUAUUUUUUAAUAGAAAAACUAAAACGUAAUGGAUUUUUCAAUAUAAAAGAAAGAAUAAACUAGUAAAUGUAACGGAUUUUGUUUUAGAUAACGUUUAAAAAGUUUAUGUAAAAAACUAACUAAAAAACAACUAAAAGUUUACAGUAAUGCAGAUAUAAAUAGCAGAGCAAAUCCAUUUAAUGACUUAAAUCUUUAUAAAUUCUAAAAUAUAUGUUUAAAAACAAACUAUAUUAAAAUUAAAUUAUGGAACAUAAUAAUGCAACAACAACGAAUUUGCGCCAACAGCAGCAGCAACAGCAACAACAACAAUCGUCUAGAGAACAACAAUUAACACAAAAAUUACAAGAGCAACAACAUCAGCACCAGCAACAACAAACAAAUAAUAACAACAAUGAAAAUCAACAACAAUUUUGCUUAAGAUGGCAUAAUCAUCAGACCAGUUUAUUAAGUACACUGCCCGUAUUACUUGAUCAAAGUCAUUUAACAGAUGUCACUAUAUCAGCCGAGGGACGCACUUUACGUGCUCAUCGUGUGGUUUUAAGUGCUUGCAGUUCUUUCUUUUUGGAAAUUUUUCGCACUCUAGAAUCGACUCAUCAUCCGGUUAUUAUAAUACCGGGAGCCACUUUUAAUGCCAUAGUAUCGUUGCUAACGUUUAUGUAUUCCGGUGAGGUGAAUGUGUAUGAGGAACAGAUACCCAUGCUUUUGAGUUUGGCCGAGACGUUAGGCAUUAAGGGUUUGGCAGAUGUGCACAAUAAUUUACAGAAACCUUGUAAAACCCCCACAGACAAAGAGCCUUUACAUAGCCCUAAAGAUGAAUUACUUAAAUCACCCACGCCCCCUUCUCCCACGCCCACUGCAGCCUCCUCAAGUGUUAACUUUAUUUUGCCUAGCACACCCACCGUCUCUUCGAAUUUAAAUAACUCCCUGCCCUCAGCCAAUUUUAAUCCUCUUUUAUCUAACAAAUUUCCUUCUCCUUUGGAAAAUUUCUUUUUGAAAUCUUUACAAUUCUAUCCGAAUCUAAUGCAUCAGCCUUUAAACUUUUCCCAAACUGCCUUAAACAAGACUUCGGAGCUAUUGGCCAAAUAUCAGCAACAAUGUAAUCUUUAUCAAGCCAAUAUGGCUAUUACUCCCAAAGACUUAUUGCCCUCGCUCAUGCACUCUGAGGAAGAGUUACAAAUGGCCAAAAGAUUUUGUUCGGGUUUGGAUAAGAAAUCUCCACUCAGCUCUCAACAAAUGCAGCAAAAUCAACAUUCUCUACAGCAGCAAAAAGACAUUAAACGUAUCGACAAAAUAGUGGAAAAUUUACGUGUUUCAAGUACCGCCGCCGGAGGUGGAGCAAGCUCUAGUAGUAAACUGGAAAAGGGGCCGUCGGAUAGUUUAACCAACUCCCCCUUGUCAACACAUUUACAUGCACAACUCUCGCCCUUAAGCAUUAAAACUUCUAUGGAAAACUAUAGCUCUACUCCCUCGCCCUUAAUCAAUAGCAAAUCUUCAAUCUUUUCGAACACUGGUCACACCGACAACUCUAAUACUUUGCACUCACAAUUGCCUUAUAAUAUCUCGCCGGAGGAUCAAUUAAAACUGCAGCAACAUUUAGAUAAAUAUGCUCAAUCUUGUGCUCGCACCAUGGAGGUGGCCAAUGAAAGUUUAAAAAAUGAGGCAGCCCGAUUAAUGUCCAAUGAAAAACUAAGCUCUACCCAAAGUCCACAAACAAAAGCUCCUUCCAACUCAAAAUUAUAUGCCACUUGUUUUAUUUGUCACAAACAAUUGAGCAAUCAAUAUAAUUUAAGAGUGCAUUUGGAAACGCAUCAAAAUGUGAGAUAUGCCUGUAAUGUUUGUUCUCAUGUCUCUCGUAGCAAGGAUGCUUUACGUAAACAUGUAUCCUACAGACACCCGGGGGCUCCUUCGCCCUGUGAAACUGAGGCCAGAAGGAAAAGGGCAAAUAAGGUUUUGGCCUCCCAGUUAAAUGCUGCAGCAAUGGCUCACAACUCACCCUCCUCAGGAGAGGUAACACCCACCUCACCCAAUACUUUAACACACUUUCCCACAGCCUCUACCACCAGCAGUAGCUCCACAACAAAUGAUUUAAAUUGUAAUGAAAAUUCUACUUUAACAGCCGCCCAAUUAAGUUCAGCCUAUCAAAUGUUUAUGCCCAAUCAGUUUCAUUUAGCAGCGGCAGCAGCUCAACAGCAGCAACAGCAACAACAAACCAACGAACAAUCAUCACCAAACUGUUCAGUGGCUUCUUUACCCCCUAAAGAAUUUAGUCAUAAUUUAAGCUCUGCAACCUCCACCUCCUCUGCACUUUUAAAUAAUACACAAUGUAGUCCUUCACACGAAACCACGAAAUCUUCUCCCGUACCCAUCAACAACAAUACAACAACAACAUCCCCACAUAAUCCUAACGAUCUUACAACGAAUACUAAUAAUGUAGAAGCGAGCUUAAGUCCUAAUUUGAAUACUUAAGAUUAUGGACUUUUUAAAAUAUAAUUAAGGUUUUCUUUUGGGAAAACAAUUUAGCUAAAUACCACCACCAAUAUGUUACUUUUAAAAUACCAACCCAAUGUCUAGUCCCAACUGUGAUAUAUUUGAAAAAAAGUCAUCCCUUUGUUAAAAAAAAAAACUUUUAAACUUUCCCCAAAAAGGACUAUUGUUUGAAGGAAGUAAAGAUUUUCACGUCUAAAGUCUAGACUACGGUCUGGUCUAUAGUCUAGUCAAUUUUCCCUAUAUAGUCAAGUCUAUAGUCUAGUCUAUAGUUUAGUUAAAAUUCUAUAGUCUA